AUGCUCAUGUUUCUUGUGGCUGGUUACGAAACAACAUCGACUGCACUCGCAUGGUUCGUUCAUCUUAUAAGUAAAAAUCCUCGUGUUCAAGUACAAAUCAAAGCUGAGCUAGGUGACAAUAAAUCUCAACGCCUGUCUAUUGAACAGCUCGACUCUCUUGAGUAUUUAAAUUGUGUUAUUGAUGAGUCAUUGCGUUUUGCUCCACCUGGAAGUUACACAGUUUGCAAUGUAACUAUCGAUGAUCGACUACCAGGAAGUGGAACUCAAUUAUAUAAAGGUGAUGAAGUCAUGAUUAAUAUUUAUAAUUUAACUCGAGAUAAACGCUAUUGGAAAAUCGAUCCAGAUCUAUUCUAUCCAGAACGAUUUCAAGGUGUAGGUAAAGAUCAUCAUCUGUAUGCAUUAAUUCCAUUCGGUGGUGGUUAUCGACAAUGUGUUGGACAAGAUUUAGCUCGAUUAGAAUUGAAAGCAAUCACAACUAGACUUAUCCAACAUGUAAUGUUCGGUGAUGGUGGUCAAGAAGUCAAUGCAGGUGAUGUAAGGGCACAAGUAGAAGCAUUAAUAGUUCUUGGUGCAUUGCCUAAUGAUUUCUAUAUUCUUCUUCCAUCAUAUUCACACAAUAAACAAUUUGAAUUAUUCUUAUUAAAAACUUUUCAAAUUCCAAAAGAAAAUUUCUUUGAAAAGUCACCAUAUCAUUUACGUUAUACUUAUGACAAGUAUCGUUUAUUAAAUGUUAUUUUUCAUUUAAAUCAAAUGAUUAAAAUCGAAUUAUCGAAAAAACGAACUAAACAUAAUAAUUUACUUGUAUUAGAUGAUGGUGACUGUUUUUCUGAAGCAUUAGCAACUUUAUUUGAUAUUGAUCAAGAUAUAUUAAAUCCAAACGAAUUAAUUGAAAAUUUGGGUGUGAGUGUGGGGUGUGGGUGAGUGUGUGGGUGUGGGGUGUGGGUGUGGGCGUGGGUGUGAGUUUGUGGGGUGUGGGUGAGCGAGUGUGGAUGUGGAUGUGUAAGAGUAUUAGGCAAUAAGACAGCAAUACACCCGCACACCCACACUCUCUCAUCAUGACAAUAUGCUUAAUUGCUGCAGAGAUUUCAUUUAUGUUUGCACACAUUAUUAAACAAGAGCGAUGCGUCAUUAUUCAAACACUUCAUUCUUACCGGUAGCGCUUUAUCUUCAGUCGCUCUAUCGAAGACUCUUGUUCGACUCGUUAAGGGUGUAGGUGUAGAUGAGAUUUGAAUAUGAAAUAGGUGUCGAUGAUAAGUAGAUUCUUGUCUAUACCCACACCCACACACCCACCCACACCCCGCUCUCAGUUCAGUAUAAAGUGUUACAGAACAGUUUUAAAUCUUAACUUAGAAGAUAUAUUCAAUAUUUUGACUGACAAUCAAGAUGCCAAUUAAGCGUUAAUGAUUCUGUCUGAUACAUUUGUUUCAAUCAUAUUAUCGAUUAUACAUGAAAUGUCACGACUAUCUUACGUUUUGACCUUAUGUUAUGUUAAGAAUUAUGAAGAACAAUUGACAAAGGAUUGAUUAAAAAUAAAGGACUGAUAUAGAGAUAUUGAGUCUAUCUGUAAAUCACUUGUAGAAUUCGUUCGACAGUGUGAUCGUAGUACUAUUCCAAUUACUAUUAUUGCAACAAACGAUAUCUCACAUGAAAAUUUUGAUCAAUUAGAUUAAUCAUUUAUGUAUACGCAAAUACUUAUUGUAUGUGAAUCGAUGAGAAGAAUAAUAAUGAGAAAUUUUUGAAAAGCGUAAACAAUACUGUUCUCUUUCUGAAAUUAUCGCAAUGAUAUAAAUACCAAUUGAAUAAACGUGACGAAAUAAGGAAAAUUAUAGUUCACUUUCAUAAUUUAUCGUAUUUUUCUUGAUAUUGCUUCGAUUAUAUGAAGAAUCAUAUGAACUAGGAAAAAAACAACAUUAUCGACCGAAUAGUUAUAGUAGAUCAAUUUAACUAAAAGUUUUCAGAGUAAAGGAAUUCGAAUCUAUCAUUAGUAUUAUGAAAUACUUUUUUUGCGAUCUAUUUUUUUAAAAUCCGAAAUGUCCCUUCCAGGUGACAUUAUAAUAAUUGCGAUACAACAUGUAAGAAAACUUUAUAUAACAAACCUGAUAUUUUUUCGAAACAAGAAGAUCUGAUAGAUCACAGCAUGGGCGGUGCAGGAUUUUUUGGACAUGUUGGAUCUCCGUUUCAGAGCAUGGGACCCAGAUGAAACUCAUGGAGGGUGAUAUUGAGCCUAAAUGCUGAGUUUUAUUCAAAAAAUUUUUGCGAUCGAAGUUUGCGAAAAAAUUUUUAAAAAUCUUAUUGCUACCCCUAAAAAUUUUUUUGCUUUUUUGUACUAUUCCAUUUUUUAAAAUUCAAUCGUAAUCUACAUCGAAUUUCAUCGACAGAUUUCAAAUUUCACCUAAAAAUAUGCAUCCGUUCAGGAGUUAUGACAUUUUGAAUUUUUGAGAGAUGGCUCAACAAUUUUCACAAAAAUUCAAAAUGUUAUAACUCCUAAACGGAUGCAUAUUUUUAGGUGAAAUUUGAAAUCUAUCGAUGAAAUU